CAUAACCACCUCUGCAUCGGGCACCAGCGCAGAUCUCUCUCUCUCUCCCCCUCCCCCGGCGCUCAGGGUUUCCAUCGCUGCACCAGAUCUGCGCAGCGGCUCCACCGCUCCCCGCCGGGCCUCCUCCCCCGCCCAGAUCUCGCAGCCAUGGCCGCGGCCAACGCCCCGAUCGCCAUGAAGGAGGCUCUCACGCUUCCCAGCGUUGGCAUCAAUCCGCAGUUCAUCACGUUCACCCACGUCACCAUGGAGUCGGACAAGUACAUUUGCGUUCGGGAGACGUCGCCCCAGAACAGCGUGGUCAUUAUCGACAUGAGCAUGCCCAACCAGCCUCUCAGGAGGCCCAUCACUGCGGACUCCGCUCUCAUGAACCCUAAUUCUAGAAUCCUCGCUCUUAAAGCUCAACUUCCGGGAACCACACAAGAUCACUUGCAAAUAUUUAACAUUGAGAUGAAAGCGAAAAUGAAGUCCCAUCAAAUGCCGGAGCAGGUUGUCUUUUGGAAAUGGAUUACUCCUAAAAUGUUGGGUUUAGUUACACAAACCUCAGUUUAUCACUGGUCAAUCGAAGGUGAUUCUGAGCCUGUGAAAAUGUUUGAGAGAACAGCUAAUCUGGUGAACAAUCAGAUUAUUAACUACCGAUGUGAUCCUUCUGAGAAGUGGCUGGUUUUGGUCGGCAUUGCUCCAGGCUCCCCGGAGAGGCCACAAUUGGUCAAGGGGAACAUGCAACUUUUCUCCGUGGAUCAGCAGCGUAGUCAAGCCCUUGAAGCGCAUGCUGCAGCAUUCGCCUCAUUCAAAGUCCCGGGAAAUGAGAAUCCUUCUACACUCAUAAGCUUUGCGACGAAAGCCAUUAAUGCUGGACAGGUUACAUCGAAGUUACAUGUCAUUGAACUGGGUGCCCAACCAGGAAAGGCAUCCUUCACAAAGAAGCAAGCAGAUCUUUUCUUUCCUCCAGAUUUUGCCGAUGACUUUCCUGUUGCAAUGCAGAUAUCUCACCAAUAUGGUUUGAUAUAUGCGAUUACCAAGCUUGGGCUGUUGUUUGUGUAUGACUUGGAGACUGCAACUGCAGUAUACAGAAACAGAAUUAGUCCAGAUCCGAUAUUUUUGACAGCUGAAGCUUCGUCUAUUGGAGGAUUUUAUGCCAUCAAUAGACGAGGACAGGUUCUACUUGCUACUGUAAAUGAGGCUACGAUCGUACCCUUUGUCAGUGGCCAGUUAAACAACUUGGAGCUUGCUGUCAAUCUUGCCAAAAGAGGAAAUCUUCCUGGUGCAGAGCAGCUGGUUGUCCAAAGGUUCCAAGAACUGUUUGCCCAGACAAAGUACAAAGAAGCUGCUGAGCUUGCUGCUGAGUCUCCACAAGGAAUUUUACGCACCCCUGAUACGGUCGCGAAGUUUCAGAGCGUCCCUGUGCAAUCUGGGCAGACACCACCUCUGUUGCAGUACUUUGGCACCCUUCUUACUAGAGGAAAGCUUAAUGCAUUUGAAUCAUUGGAACUAUCGCGGCUUGUUGUGAACCAAAACAAGAAGAACCUAUUGGAGAAUUGGCUUGCAGAGGACAAGCUAGAAUGCAGCGAGGAACUUGGAGACCUUGUGAAGACUGUGGAUAAUGAUCUUGCGUUGAAAAUAUACAUCAAAGCCAGAGCAACUCCAAAAGUUGUUGCAGCUUUUGCUGAACGGAGAGAGUUUGACAAAAUUCUGAUAUACUCAAAGCAGGUGGGGUAUAACCCUGAUUAUUUGUUUCUCUUGCAAACAAUCCUCCGAACAGAUGCACAGGGCGCCUUGAAUUUUGCUUUGAUGAUGUCUCAAAUGGAGGGAGGAUGUCCAGUUGACUACAAUACAAUUACAGAUCUCUUUCUUCAGAGAAAUUUGAUCCGUGAAGCAACAGCCUUUCUGUUAGAUGUUUUGAAGCCAAAUCUUCCAGAGCAUGGUUUUCUUCAAUCAAAGGUCCUUGAAAUCAAUCUGGUCACUUUCCCUAAUGUUGCUGAUGCAAUCUUGGCCAACGGAAUGUUUAGCCACUAUGAUCGUCCUCGAAUUGCCCAGCUUUGUGAAAAAGCUGGUCUUUAUGUUCGAGCAUUGCAACACUAUUCAGAACUCCCAGAUAUCAAACGUGUAAUUGUGAAUACCCAUGCUAUUGAGCCACAGGUAAUCAUGAAUAGCCAUGCCUCUGCUGCUAUCUUAUUAGAUUUUUGUAUUAGUAAACUGCUACUGAUCUUUUUAAGUAAUUUGCAGUCACUGGUGGAGUUUUUUGGCACCCUUUCACGGGAAUGGGCUUUAGAGUGCAUGAAGGACCUUUUACUGGUUAAUCUCCGAGGAAACCUUCAGAUAAUAGUACAGGUUGCCAAAGAAUACUGUGAGCAGCUGGGCGUUGAGCCCUGCAUAAAGAUUUUUGAGCAAUUCAAGUCUUAUGAAGGACUGUACUUUUUCCUGGGUUCAUACUUGAGCUCCAGUGAGGACCCUGACAUUCAUUUCAAGUAUAUUGAGGCCGCCGCUAAAACCGGUCAAAUUAAAGAGGUUGAACGAGUGACUAGAGAAUCAAACUUCUAUGACCCAGAAAAGACAAAAAACUUCUUAAUGGAGGCCAAGCUUCCGGAUGCACGUCCCCUUAUCAAUGUCUGUGAUCGAUUUGGGUUUGUGCCUGAUCUCACUCACUACCUUUAUACCAACAACAUGCUCCGUUAUAUUGAAGGUUAUGUCCAGAAGGUGAACCCUGGGAACACUCCCUUAGUAGUGGGACAGUUGCUUGAUGACGAGUGCCCAGAAGACUUUAUCAAAGGCUUAAUUCUGUCUGUUCGUUCUCUGCUUCCGGUGGAGCCCCUGGUGGAUGAAUGUGAAAAAAGGAAUCGUCUGCGGUUACUUACUCAAUUCCUGGAGCAUCUUGUGAGUGAGGGAAGCCAAGAUGUACAUGUUCAUAAUGCCCUGGGUAAAAUAAUUAUAGACAGCAACAACAAUCCGGAACACUUCCUCACCACCAACCCAUACUACGAUUCCCGUGUAGUGGGUAAAUACUGUGAAAAACGCGAUCCCACUCUAGCAGUUGUAGCUUACCGGAGAGGCCAAUGUGAUGAGGAGCUUAUCAAUGUAACUAACAAGAACUCUUUGUUCAAGUUACAAGCCAGGUAUGUGGUUGAGAGAAUGGAUGGUGAUCUGUGGGAGAAGGUUCUAAACCCUGAGAAUGAAUAUAGGAGACAGCUGAUUGAUCAGGUUGUAUCUACAGCAUUGCCUGAAAGCAAAAGUCCAGAGCAAGUGUCUGCAGCUGUUAAAGCCUUCAUGACAGCUGAUCUCCCACAUGAACUGAUUGAGCUCUUGGAGAAAAUUGUUCUGCAGAACUCUGCAUUCAGUGGGAACUUUAACCUACAGAACCUGCUUAUCCUUACUGCUAUUAAGGCAGACCCAUCAAGAGUAAUGGAUUAUGUCAAUAGACUUGAUAACUUUGAUGGGCCUGCUGUUGGAGAAGUCGCUGUGGAAGCCCAACUCUAUGAGGAAGCCUUUGCAAUUUUCAAAAAGUUCAACAUGAAUGUUCAGGCUGUUAAUGUCUUGUUGGACAAUAUUAGAAGCAUUGAGCGAGCUGUGGAGUUUGCAUUCAGGGUCGAAGAAGAGGCUGUUUGGAGCCAGGUGGCUAAAGCUCAGUUGAGGGAGGGUCUGGUGAGUGAUGCAAUUGAGUCGUUUAUUCGGGCAGAUGAUGCGACUCAAUUUUUGGAUGUUAUUCAAGCUGCUGAGAAUGCAAAUGUCUACCAUGACUUGGUGAAGUACCUUCUAAUGGUUAGGCAGAAGGCAAAAGAGCCAAAAGUGGACAGUGAACUUAUUUAUGCAUAUGCAAAGAUUGAUAGAUUGGGUGAAAUUGAAGAAUUUAUUCUCAUGCCUAAUGUGGCCAAUCUACAAAAUGUUGGUGAUCGACUGUUUGAUGAAGCUUUAUAUGAGGCUGCUAAGAUCAUAUUUGCCUUUAUCUCGAACUGGGCCAAGUUGGCAUGCACACUGGUGAAACUGAGACAAUUCCAAGGUGCUGUUGAUGCAGCACGAAAAGCCAACAGUGCAAAGACGUGGAAGGAAGUCUGUUUUGCUUGUGUUGAUGCUGAGGAGUUCCGCUUAGCUCAAAUAUGUGGUCUGAACAUCAUUGUCCAGGUGGAUGACCUCGAAGAAGUCAGCGAAUACUAUCAGAACAGAGGAUGCUUUAAUGAGCUUAUCUCACUUAUGGAGAGUGGCUUGGGGCUAGAGCGUGCACAUAUGGGCAUUUUCACUGAAUUGGGAGUUCUUUAUGCUAGAUACCGUCAUGAGAAGCUUAUGGAGCACAUCAAGCUCUUUUCUACACGUCUCAACAUUCCAAAACUUAUCAGAGCUUGUGAUGAGCAACAACAUUGGAAGGAGCUUACCUAUUUGUACAUUCUAUAUGAUGAGUUUGAUAAUGCUGCAACUACCAUAAUGAACCACUCUCCAGAAGCAUGGGAUCACAUGCAAUUUAAAGAUGUUAUUGUCAAAGUUGCUAGUGUUGAACUCUACUAUAAGGCUGUGCACUUCUACUUGCAAGAACAUCCAGAUCAGAUAAAUGAUGUUCUAAAUGUGCUUGCACUGCGAGUGGACCAUACACGUGUUGUUGACAUCAUGCGAAAGGCUGGUCACCUGCGUCUUGUGAAGCCGUACAUGGUUGCAGUUCAAAGCAAUAAUGUGUCUGCUGUGAAUGAGGCUUUGAAUGAGAUUUAUGUGGAAGAGGAAGACUAUGAUCGACUACGUGAAUCUAUUGAUUUGCAUGAUAACUUUGAUAUGAUAGGCUUGGCUCAGAAGAUCGAGAAGCACGAACUUCUUGAAAUGAGAAGAGUUGCUGCUUAUAUUUACAAGAAGGCUGGCCGAUGGAAGCUGUCAAUUGCUCUGUCCAAAAAAGACAAUCUUUACAAAGAUGCAAUGGAGACAGCUUCUCAGUCUGGUGAACGUGAACUUGCUGAAGAGUUGCUUGUUUAUUUCAUUGAGAAGGGGAAGAAAGAAUGCUUUGCUUCUUGCCUAUUUGUGUGCUAUGAUUUGAUUCGAGCAGAUGUUGCUCUUGAGCUAGCUUGGAUGAACAAUAUGGUUGACUUUGCCUUCCCAUAUCUCCUCCAGUUUAUCCGUGAAUACACAGGCAAAGUUGAUGAGCUAAUAAAAGACAAGAUCGAAUCUCAAAAUGAGGUUAAGGCAAAAGAGAAGGAAGAGAAGGACGUGAUCGCACAGCAGAAUAUGUAUGCUCAAUUGCUGCCUCUUGCUCUGCCUGCACCUCCGAUGCCCGGUAUGGGAGGACCAGGAAUGGGGGGAGGCUUUGGUCCACCUCCUCCCAUGGGUGGAAUGGGAAUGCCUCCAAUGCCACCUUUUGGAAUGCCACCCAUGGGCAGUUAUUGAGUUUUUGAGAAACAUUGAAGAUUUUCCAGGAAUUAAGAGCAGGAUAGCAGUUUGAGUUCUUCACUGAAGUGUGUGGCUGAGGGUAAAUUCCAUUUUUCAUUUUUGCAGAAAGGGUCUCGAGGUUUCUUUGAAAUAAUUGCUUUUGCUUUCAAAAGGUGUGUCUAUUAUUAGCUGUUGAUAAUUUUUUUUUUGGGGGGGGAUAGAACUAGAAGACAGCAUUCUUUUGGGCUAUUGUAGACGCCCAGCCAAGGGAUUUCUUGUAUUAUAAAACUAAUUUCGUUUCAUUUGUGUAUCCACGACCAAGAGAAUCACAUGAUUUCUAUGUUCUGGGGUGGACUUUUGGAUGAAAUUCUUUGAUCGGUUCACUUGGAAAAUGUCAUGACGGCGUCCAUUCUGGUGCUGUUCAAUCAAAGUGAUCCAUAAUUUGUCUUUUGG